GGUCGGCACAGGCAGAGGUAUGGCAUUCAAAACUAACAGAGAGGCCUUGAAGCUAACUGACGAGAAGGAACGGAUGUUCAAAGUCGGAGCCGAGCCGUCAAGCAAAGGUGAGACAUGCUCCACCCACAGUCAACGCCCCUUGGCUCAAAGCAGCAGGCGCCGCUUUGUCCCCUUAACUACACCUUAGUCAUAUUUCCAACUCCAUAAAGAGGUGUUUGACAUCUCUGCGUCCAUGUCUGAGCAGAAAGAGGCGGCGCCCAGUCCGGGCAUCCAGCCUUAUCGCGCGGCCGCCUAUACAUUCUCUUUCCAGCCUGCAAAUCCGACACGGCAUACGAGGGACCCAAGGUACACUACCUUGAUUCCUCGUGCUCUUCUUGGGAGAGCCGUCCCCAAGCCUGUGCCCUCAGAGCCAUGGGCCACAGAUGACCUGUAUUCCUACGGUUACCCCUCCCCUGACGUUACCUCUUCCAGAGGAUCGCGUACUAAGAGUGCCUGGGGAGAAGAUCAAUACCUCAAGCACGACGUUGAGGACAGCUUCUAUCCUGAGCUCUACGUCUUCAACACCUCUCCAGUCGUACAUCAGUCUGCCGAGAAGAUUGCAACCUCAGAUGAGGUGUCGAAGCUCUUUCAAGAGCUGAACGACGUUGUAGGAGAUGGCAAAACACCUAAGGCGUACAGGGGCCUCUACGACACCGACGCCCCGGGAGCUGGUGAGACAGUGAAAGUCUCUAUGACGACCAAAAUCUGCAAGUUGAGCGAGUCUGUGCGUGCGCAGCUGAGUGCAGGCAAUUCCACUUACAGCAAAUGCGUCCCAAAGGGACCCGCGGCACGUCGCAACACAAAAGAGAAUGACAAAGACGAAGACGUCAGAGUCGACAUCUUGGUACAAGCAUCCAACCCUUCGCCGACACAAAUUGACGGGGAGUCUGUCCGCUGGUCGAACGCUGUUUCCUUCACAGAAGUCAAGGCGAGAGAUGACGUCGAUUGGAGGGAUAGGCUCAUUCUGCAGAUCUCACGCUACGCAGGCAAGAUCUGUCGGUAUCGUUCCAUCAUCUCUCACUUGCACUGUGUGACGUGGUGUGGUCACACGGUACGAUUGUGGUACCUCAACGCCGGUGUUCUUGCCUGUUCUCGAUCCUUCGACACUCGAGAGGGUCACGACCAGAUAGAAAUCGUGAAGAUCCUGCGUCUUCUAUGCUUAGAGGAGCACUCUACCCUUCUGUGUGGUCGGUGGGAUGUUGCGGUUCAGAAGAUGUUUGAGGUUCAAGCUGACGGUGAGGCUGAGCCAUUGAAAGCCAAUGCCAUCAAUCGAAUGGGAGCGCUCAAGAUACGGUCAGGACCUUAUGGAGGCCGUACCGCGGUCUUCGCUGAUCAAAUUGGCAGCGACGGCAAGGUACUGAUGCUCAAAGUGUCAUGGCUAGCAGAUACUCUGAGGUCCCACGAGAUGGAGAUGCUACGUGGCAUCCAGUCGGUAGGUCUGCCCUACGCCCCUGAGCCGCUUGGUCUGGCUAAGAUCCCGGCCUCUGGCUUUCGAAGCUCGCCUUGCCAAUAUUUGGACAUCUCACCGAGGAGUGCUAUAAGCUGCUGUGCCCUUUUGACCAAGCAACAUAUCGGAGACCGCAUUGGCCCGCAAGUCACAGGGCAUGACCUUCUAAAGAUUCACAUACAGCUUGCCGAGCAGCUACUCAAACUCGCAGAGAGGGAGUAUCAUUACCGUGACAUCAACGAGGGCAACGUUCGAGUCCUGCACGGCUACACAGAUGUUCUACUUCUUGUUGAUUUUGGCAAUAUGCGAAAGGGCCUUAGCCCAACAGGAUAUUCGGAAAUGACGUACGCUGAAGCGAUGGUUGACAGGGCUACUGACGACACGAGAGCGGCAAAUCCAAUGUUUCUGCCUACCUCCUCUGUUCCACUUAAGCUCGCAAUCACACGUUGGGAAGACGGCUUGGAGCAAGUGCAGAGCGACUUCCAACGUGCGGUGGACGGGAAUGCCAGCAAUGGCGUCCGAUCAGGUCUACAACACGUUUCAGCCCAGCUCAACUACUUUCGUACGGUACUACGGAAGCUAGCUAUGCAGUCCCAUCGUUACAUUGACGACUUGGAGAGUGCGUUGUACUUGCACGUCUGGACGGUAAGUAAGUCGGGCACGCUCAUCGACGCGCAAGUCUAACUUCACUGUCUUUCCCCUGUGCGUCGUUUGGGUUUUGCUUGCUCUGCGUCUCCCCUCUCCUUGCCGCAGAGAGCCUCCAACUCUCACGAGACCGGGAAUGGGAAUGGGAACGUAGCAAUCUUG